AAAUAAUUCAAAUAUGAAAUACUCCUUAACGAACCGAGCCCAAAAGAUUCUUUGGGUUCUGGUUGCUGUCGUGACCCUGGUUCAGGCAGCCUCUACAAGGCAAACUAUGUACGUGAUGGAUGUAACCAUGCACGGUAGCACCUAUCCACAAUACGCAUCAAAUCCUGAGUACGAUAUUACUAAGAAUUCAUACCCCAAGACUGGAGAUAUCGCUCCAGAUGGAAUCAAAGAAAUGUAUAAACUCGGUCAACAAUUCAGAAGUGAUUAUAUCACGAGAGGAGGGUUUAUGUCACCAAACUACGAUUCAGACUCUGUUUUUCUCGAAAGUGUAAAGGAUCAACCAGGACUCAUGAGUGCUUAUGCAUUCAUGCUGGGAGCUUAUCCUGACUCAGUUAGCUAUUUGAACUUGAAUAUGAACAAUGCCAGGGAACAUCAAAAGCUUGUAAGACAAACUCUAGGACUCUCAGACGCUCCAAACUUAAGAGGGGGGAAUAUCCAAGUUAGUACAGACGAAGGAUUUAUGUAUUGGUCUAACCCGUCCCAACAAUGACCAGCAAUGUAUAAAAAUGUACUCAAGAGUUUAAGAUCUGCAGAAGAAUCUGCUGAUGAUGAUUACAAGUCGGACUUGUUCCCACAGUUGGCUUCAACCUUUGGAAGGUCUAGAAAUAAAGUUACUUUUGAAUCUGCUUAUAAAUACUUGGAUGAUUACCUUGUUGCUAAAAGGCUCGGUAAGAAGUAUCCAAAAUUCUCAGAUCAGGCUUCUAUUGAUAGACUCAUUGAAGACUACGAGCGUGAUUACUUCUAUGAAGGUCUAGUUGGUGGAAGCGAGAUUCCAAGAGUUGUUGCUACUCCAUUGAUCAAUUACGCUAUGCUGAAUACUUACGCAAAGAGCCAAGAAGCUCAAGGGAAAAUCAGAGAUUCACAGAUUCACCAGCUGAAACAUUCUCACUUCUUUGCUAAUGAAAUGGCUUUCGCUGCUUUCUUGAAAGCUCUUGGGAAGCCUCAGUCUGAGGCCCCACAAGGAGGAGAAAAUUUUAGGGUUGAACUCUUUGAAACCAACAAUCAACAUUUCGUGAGUGUAUCUUUGAACGGAAAACCAAUGAAUUUAGCUGGGUCUAACCAUGGAAUAUUUGAAUUGGAUGACUUUUUGAAGAACAUUUAUCCUAAAAUGUACUUUGGUGACAUCGAUGAUGUUUGUGUAGGUAGAGAAGAAAUCUCCCUAAACGUGUUUCCAAAAUGCCAAGAUUACAUGGACUAUCUGGGCACAUACAUUAAAUCUUCCGUUUAUACUGAAACCAAAAAGGUUAAGAAAUGCCAUUUAAGUAGGAAAGCAGUUACUGAGGUCGUAGCUCCACCUGCCAUUACUACGAGAGUUAAGCCUAUUGAAAAACCUGUUCGGGUUGGAUUCGUCGAAAUUGUUCAGUCUGCCCCUCAACGUCCUAAAGUAGAUCUCAAAGUUGUUGAGAUCGAUAGACCUGUUGCUUAUGCAGUCCCUGUUGUUGAAGAAAGAAUUGUAGUGAAGGAAAUCGAAAAGCCUGUUAGAGUUAAUGUUCCUGUAGUUGAAGAAAAGAUAGUUGUCCAAGAAGUUGAAAAACUAAUCCAGGAAAAACCAACUCAUAUCCAUCAUAUCAAUCUCAAAGAACCAGAAGAGCCUGUUGUAAUUGCCCCAACCAAUUUUGCUCAGGAAGAGGAACCAUCAUCCGCAUGGCCAUGGUGGUUAUUGCUUAUCCCAUUGCUAUGCUUGAUUCCAUGCCUUGCUUUCCUAUGCUGCAGACGCAAGAAGGUAGAGCCAGUCACAAGACCAAAACAACCAAUGGCUCCAGUACUUCGCAAACCAGUUGAAAAAGAAAUCAUGCAUAUCAAAACUGAAGAAAGGAACUCACCAGAAAGAAAGUUUGUCAUUGAGAAGAAAGUGGUUGAUGAGGCUGCCGAGAUCGAGCAGGAAAUCACCAGAGAGCUCAGAAAGAGCAGAGCCGUUAGGGAGUCACGUGCUGUCAGAGAUGUCUCAAGAGGGAGACAAACAACACUUGAAAUUGCUGCUGAGGCCGCAAUGAGUCGUGGUUCUGGUGGCGGAAGAAGAAAGAGGAUUAAGACCAUCAAGAAGUUCGGAGAAGUUAUCGGAAAGGAAAUCCAAUAUCUUGAUAAUGAUGGAAAUGUCAUUAGAACUGAGAGAGUUGGAGUUGAUGAAGGAGACGCCAGAUCAGAAAGAUUUGCUAGUGGAACCAGAGCAAUUGGAAAAACAGAGGUAGUUUCAAGCAAUAGUGCUAGAUACCUCAGAAGUUCUGGAGGUGGUGGCCAAACUUAUAAAGAGAGCUAUGGAGCAGAAGAAAGACUAGGAGACAAUCUUGUUUCUUCCAGCAACUUAGUUGCUAACAGAGCUAGUAGAGCCAGUAGAAGAGGAUAUAGCUCUGGGAGACAUAUGGACACAGCUGGAUAUGUCAGUGGAAGCAAUGCAGGACUUGUAGAUGAGGAUAGAGACGAUGGCAGAUAUAGUCCAGGAGGUACAAGAAGAUCAAGAGGUUCUGCCGGAAGAGCUCAAAUUGAGAGAGUUGCUUCUGCUGGAAGAGGAUCUGGCUCUGGUGCUUACCGUAAAAGUAGAAUCAGAGUAGGAAGCGGAGGGACAGGAAAACAUAAUGAGUACAGAGAAGAAAGAAUCACUAAAGGAGGCACUACAAAGCACCAAGAAUUCUAUGCCGAAGAUGAUGAUCAAAUCUAAUUAACAUAUUUUCAAGUG